AGCGACGAGAAAUGAGAUUCCGCCGCUUCUGCAGUGCAUGCUCUGUCCACCUCCGUUGCCCAGUGCUUUUUUCGAGGAUAAUAUCAUUAUGGUGCUGAGCGGCGAGACUUUCCACUACAGCCCAAGUGACUGCUUGUUUCCAUGAUAUCCAUACUAGAGCUAUUCCCUCCUAUUCAUGCCUGAAGCUCAAGAACAAGUCGAGAAAUGCAAAUUCGAACAUUCUUUCCCAAAUAGCAGUGCAACAUGGACGAAUGAGAAUGGCCAAAUGCAGAGCGUUGAUUGUCUCUCUCUUGAUAUCAACAUGGACACUUUAACCACCAACAAGGCCAUGUUCAAGCUUUCUUGCUCAAUUUUCCUUAAAAAGAAAGACAACAACAAACUAUUCAUCUAUCUAUUCAUACUACCUCCCAACAUCCGUACCAUUGAGUUGGAAGUCAACGGGGGCAACGUGUCGCUGCAUUUCUACAUGGAUCGAAACGCUGCACUUGUCGUCCCUAGAGAUGAUCCCGUUGAGCCUAAAGCAAGAUCUGAACAGCUGCUGAAUUUAAUGAAAGCGCUAUCCCUUGUCAAGGAUUUCACCAUUCAGCUGGGGAAUACCGACAUACCAGAGUCGAUCAAGUCAAACCUGGACCAUGCUGCAUCUAUAUUCUCGCCUAAUAGUCAAUGCCGCCCAGGCACAAACGAAGAAAUCUCUGAUCUUAAAUCGUUAUACAACGGUAAAGGAGGCGAGGUUUUUAAUGUAACCGCAGCUACUACAAGCAUCUCCAAAGAAGCAAGUGUACCACCGCCAUAUCCGUCAAAUAAGCAUAAACGUAAACGCGAACAGUCUGCUUCUGGCGAAGUGAUACACGAUUUGAGAAAAGACUUGGAGACUCGUUUGGCCCGCAUGGAGGCUUGCCUCGCCGAGACGCAAUCUCGCCUUGCCAAAACGGAAUCUCGCCUCGCCGAGCUAGAGGCUAGUCGUGAAGAAUCGGGGGAAGAAGGGACUGACCGUGGAAAAUACGGAGAAGAAGAGGUGGCGACUCAAGUUGGCGAACUCCUCGAUGAUUUCAUCUACUCCCAUGCGCUCGAGAAUAUGGUCGAAGACCUCGUGGGAAAAUACAUGAGCCAUCUCAACGUCGAUGUGGACGAUAUGUUUGCAGAGAAAGAGAACAGGUUCGAUGAGACUAUAGAGGAGAUAAAACAAGAUGUUAUGAAAGACUGUCGUGAGAUUGUACUUGAGCAAGUCAAACACCACUUGGCAGAGCUUAUAGAUACGCGACUUGAACUCAGCUUCAGUAAGAAGGAAUCAUGAUAAAUUUUAUUUUGCUCUGUA